AUGCGCGUGCCUACGUCGAUGCGUCCGCUCGCGUCCCGCGCACGCGCGCUGAGCUCCGCGGCCGGCGCGCAGCAGCAGCAGCCCGGCUGGUUCAACCGCAUGCUGCUCACCAACGAGUACAACCUGCCGCGCCUGCCGGUGCCGCAGCUGGAGGAGACCGUGACGCGCUACCUGGAGAGCGUCCGCCCCCUCGUGGACGCCAAGGAGUGGGAGGCGCACGCGCAGCUGGCCAAGGCCUUCCAGGGCGCCGAGGGUCGCCAGCUGCAGGAGAUGCUGCUCAAGCGCGAGCUCAAGCAGGCCAUGGGCCGCGCGUACCCGUUCAGCUACAUCGAGGAGGACUGGGACAAGAUGUACCUCGGCGGACGCUACCAGGGCCCCAUCAACGUGAACCCGUCCUACGGCCUGCUCGACGAGACGGACGGCAACCUCGAGGGCAUGGUGCCUCGCAGCGCCGCGUUCGUGCGCUCCAUGGUCAAGUGGUGGGCCAAGGUCAAGAACAGCGAGCUGGAGCAGGACAAGAACCAGUGCAUGGCCGGCUUCGCGCGCCAGUACGGCACGGCCAAGGUCCCCAAGAAGGGCAUGGACGUGCUGACGUCCCACCCGCGCGCGUCGCACAUCGUCGUCAUGAAAGGCAACCAGUUCUAUCAGCUGAACGUGCUCAGCCCCGACGGUAAGCAGUUGCUGUCCCAGAGGCAGCUCGAGGCGCAGCUCGACUCCAUCCUGAACGCGCCGUCCAAGGGGGACCACGACGACUUGGAUCUGUCCACGCUCACGGCUGAGGAGCGCGACACGUGGGCGCAGAUCCGCGACGACCUGGUGGCGCACCACCCCGUGAACGCCGAGACGCUGGAGGUGAUCGACUCGGCGCUGUUCAUGCUGGUGCUGGAGGACCGCAACCCGACGGACAUGAAGCAGCGCAUGGAGCUGUCGCUGCACGGCCAAGGCUCGCACCGCUGGUUCGACAAGCUGCAGGUUAUGGUGCAGCCCGACGGCCACCUGACUGUCAACUUCGAGCACUCGUUCUCGGACGGCACGGUCUGGAACCGCUGGCUGCACGAGUGCUGGCACGACAUGCGCGACUCGGACUCGGGUUUCGCCCCGCUCGAGGAGAUGCCCGAGUACGUCGGGGCCACGAAACCCGAGAAGCUCAGCUGGAAGCUGUCCAACAACCUGAUCGAGGACGUCAAGAAGGCCGAAGACCACUUCUCCGAUUUCUCAGGCAACCUCAACUCGGAGUACUUGGUGUACAAGAACUUCGCCAAGAACAACUGCAAGCAGUGGAAGCUCAGUCCGGACGGCAUCGCGCAGAUGGCACUCCAGCUCGCGUUCUACCGCACGCACGGCAAGAUCGCGCCCACGUACGAGUCGUGCUCGACGCGCCUUUUCCACCACGGACGCACGGAGACCAUUCGCUCGGCAACCCCCGCUGCCGAUGCGUUUGUCAAGAGCGUGGAGGCGGGUGCUCAUGUGGGCACUCAGCGUGAACUGCUCGUUGCAGCCGUGAACCGCCACGUUGAGAUGGCAAAGAUGGCGCAGAGAGGACUGGGCGUGGACCGCCACCUGACGGCGUUGAACUCGAUCGCCAGCCAGAACGGGGUCUCUAGUGAGUUCCUGGCCAGCCCCGUGCGAGCCGAGAGCACUAACUUCCUGAUCUCUUCGAGCAACGUGACCACGCCAUUCCUGCAGUACUUCUCCUUCGGUGCGGUGGUGCCCCACGGCUAUGGCGUGGGAUACUUGCUCCAUAACAAGAGCAUCAACGUAAGCCUGACGAACUACAAGGACAGCGGUAUCUCGGACGGCAAGAAGUUUAAGAAGGCGCUGGAAGGCUCGCUAGACACCAUCAAGGCGCUCGCGGACAGCCCUGCUCCCUAA